AUGCCCGUCCGCGCCACGCUCGUCCCCAGCGCCUCAGCAUCCUCGUCGGCUUCGACGCCUGACAAGAAGCGCAAGCGCGACACCUCGACUGAGGCGCUCUGGGCUGCGCUCCAGGAAACCGAUGCCCGCGCCGCCAAGCACCGGCGCAAGGUCCUCGACACGUGGUCCUCCAAAACGCGCAACGCGACCGUCGAGGUCAAGUCCCGUAACCUUAUCUCGUCGCAGCAGUCGCUCGUCGCGUCCCUCGAGGACCAGCUCCUCAACUCGGACCGCCUGAUCAAGCGCGCGCGGACACCGCGCUCGUGCGCCCCCGUCCAGGUCGCCGCCAAAGUCAACGAGGACGCCUCGGUGAGCUCGUGGAGCAGAGGACAUCGGACGAGACGGCCGCGCAGGCGAGCGGCGGCGCGCUGGCGACGGUCAGGUGGGCUGCCAUGA